UGUUAAUUGUAUCAUUCAGUCGGAAACCGAAUAGUGUUCGGUUGAGUUCGGAUUUGAGCAUUUCGCCUUUUCUUGCACUUGCGGUACGAAUUUGAAGGUUGCGGAUAUUAUUACGGUGAUUUGGUCAUACUAUGUACUUUGGAAUAGCGUAGAUUUAAAAUUAGUGUGGCACUGACUCGUUUUGACGUUGAAAUUAAUUUAUCUGUGACUUAAUUCAUCAGAUCAUUAAUUUAACUUGUGGCUUUUAUCAACAGGAAAAAUGUUCAGCGGAAUCGCAGACAAGAACCUUGGAGCGUUCCGAAGCAUCGGAGAGAAGACAGCAUCUCUCUUCGAGAGGAAGAAGAAGGAUGCAGAACAGAUCGCUCAGGAGAAAGUAGCAGAAGCUGCCCAUGUUGUUGAAGAACAAGUUAAGAAGACCGGAGAACUCGUCGGCGGGGCUGAGAAGACGGCGUCUGAUGCUGCUAACUCCGCUGCAAACGCGAAACACUCGGCGAUUGACGCGCUGGAUAAAGAAUUGUCGAAAGUUUCGCUUGCUGCCGGUGAAGCUAAGGAUGCUGCCGACAGAGCCUUAGCCGAUGGGAAGAAGGUGGUCGACACUACUAAAGAUACUAUUUCAACAACAGUAGAUAAUACGAAAAAGGCAGCUGAAUCAGCUAUAAACACAGCUAAAGAUACAGUAUCACAUGUAGUUCAAAGCACAAUAGAUACAACACAAAAAACUGCACAAUCAACAAUAGAAUCUGGGAAGACGUACGCAGCUAGUGCUAAAGAUUCAGUAGUGAACACAAUUCAAAGCACUGUUGAUACCACGCAAAAAAUAGGACAAUCCGCUGUAGAAACUGGCAAAUCCUACGCUAUAAGUGCUAAAGAUACAACAGCUGAUGCAAUUCAAAAUACGGUGGAUAGCACUAAAAAAACAGGCCAAACUGCAUUCACAGCUAGCAAAGAUUACGUUGCUUCUGCGAAAGAUUCAGUAGCAAGUACCGUACAAAGUACAUUAGAUGCAUCAAAGGCCACAGCACAACCUACGUUUGAUUCUAGCAAACAAUAUGCUACAAGUGCGAAAGAUACACUUGUAAGUAAUAUUCAAAGCACAGUAGACACAACACAAAAAGUAGCUAAUUCCGCACUUGAAACAGGCAAAGAUUAUGCAACGAUUGCAAGAGAUACAGUGUCAAACACUGUAGUAGGUGCACAAAAAAGUGCUCAGUCAACCUUCGAAACCGGCAAAUCUUAUGUCGGCGGUGCCAAAGAUACAGUAGCAAGUACGUUUGAAAGUACAGUAGAUGCUACACAAAAAACAGGUCAAUCUGCGCUUGAAACAGGGAAAUCCUACGCCACAAGCGCAAAAGAUUCUGUUGCAAGUAGCAUUCAAAGCACUGUUGACACAACACAAAAAACAGCACAGUCUCUUUUUGAUUCUGGUAAAACAUAUGCAUCUAGUGCUAAAGAUUCUGUUGCAAGUAGUAUUCAAAGCACUGUUGACACAACACAAAAAACAGCACAGUCGCUUGUUGAUUCUGGUAAAUCAUACGCUUCUAGUGCCAAAGAUACUGUAGCAGAUGCGGUUAAUAAUACGGUUGAAGGAACCAAAAGUAUCGCUAAUUCAACUACAGAAACGACUAAAUCGUACGUGGAAAGCGCUAAAGAUUCAGCCCAAAACUCAUAUCAAUCUGCAUUGGAUUUCUCGAAGAGUUAUGCGUUUUCUGCUUACGAUAUCGGAAAAUCUUACCUAGAUAGUGCUAAAGAUACAGUAGCGAGUACAGUAGAUAGUACAGUGAAAGCUGCUCAUAGUUCUGUCGAAACAGGAAAAUCUUAUGUGGAUACAGCCAAAGAUACCGUAGCGAGCUCCGUUCAUUCAACUGUUGAUAGUACUAAAACUGUAGCGGCAUCAGCGCUUGAUAAAGGUUCAGCUUUGAUAGGAGGCGUUAAAGAUACAGUAGCAAGUACUGUGCACUCAACAGUAGAUACAACAAAAAAUGUAGCAGCAUCCGCUGUAGAUAAGGGAGUUUCGCUAGUAGAAACCGUAAAAGGUACCGCUGCAAGUACUGUAGAUGCAACUAAAAAUGUUGCUGCGUCUGUUGUUGAUAAGAGCACAUCACUUAUAGGAAGCGCUAAAGAUAAUCUAGCAAGCACCAUACACACGACAGUAGAUACCACUAAAAAUGUAGCAGCGUCAGCUUUCGAUAAAGGCUCAUCAUUAGUAGGAUCAGCUAAAGAUACUGUAGCAAGCACUGUUCAAUCCACUGUCGAUUCAACUAAAAACGUUGCAACAUCUGCUGUCGAUAAAGGCGCUUCAUUAGUAGAGGCUGCUAAAGGAACCGUGGCAAGCACAAUAGACACCACGAAAAAUGUCGCAUCAUCCGCAGUAGAUAAAGGUUUUUCUAUAGUUGGCACAGCUAAAGACACUGUAGCGAGCACUGUUAAUACUACUGUAGACGCAACUAAGAGCGUAGCAGCAUCAGCUAUCGAUAAAGGAUCAUCCCUUGUAGGAUCAGCUAAAGAUACUGUAGCCAGUACAUUAGAUACAACCAAAAAUGUUGCCUCAACGGCUGUAGAUAAGGGCCUUUCGUUUGUCGGUACUGCUAAAGAUACCGUAUCAAAUACAGUUCAAAAUACAUUAGACUCAACCAAGAGUGUAGCUGGAUCGGUUUAUGAUAAGAGCUCUUCAAUUGUGACCGGCGCUAAAGAUACAGUAACGUCCUCGGUGGGGGGCAGGACUGGUGCUGAUGAACAAACUAAAACUAUUAUUGAUAAUGUUAAAGAUAUAUUCUCAAGCAAGACCGAAGGUGCAAAAGAUUCUGCUGAAUCGUCAGUAAAUAAUGUUAAGGAAACCGCCCAGGAAUUAGACGACACAAUCAACGCUACAGUAGACACGACGAAGAAGACUGCAGAAGAAGCCAAGGCUCAGGCUCUGAGAGCCGCUGAAGACGCAAAGGAGAAGGCUAGAUUAGCCGCUGAGGCCGCUAAAGAGGAGGCUAAGAGGGCUGCCAAUGCUGCCGUUGAAGAGUCUAAGAAAGCGGCCGAGAAGGCGGCGGCGGAUGCCAGUAACGCCGUGCAGAGCACCGUCGACAACACCUUCAAGAGAGUAGAGAACGCUGCUGACCAGGGCUUGAAGAACGCGGGACAAGUAGUCGACGCUAAAAUCAAGGACGCCGACAAGUUCUUGAACGAGAAACGUGACGCGCUGGUAUCAAACUUUUCGAGCGCAGCGCACGACGGAGCCGAAGGCGCUGCGGGUUUGCUUAGCAAGGGACUGGCUGCCUUCCCCAAAUAAACAUUGCUUAUCUAGUACCUGCUCCGCUCGGGAAACUUACAACGUUCUAUAGUAUAUAAGCAUAAAACUAUUUAUAUAUAAUAAAAAAAAACAAUAUACUGUAUAAUAUAUGUCUAAAGAUAAAACAUAUUAUUGAAUUGUAAAGUUUUCCCGAUUUAUUGUUUUAUAUUCUUGCACAAUUUUAUGCAUUAAUCGAAAAUGUAAAGCUUAGUUAUGUAAUAAUUCGAGCCUAAAGUACCGCGAUUACAAUCUCAUGUCACAAAUUUGUGAAAUUAUACGAAUACGUUCAUUACAUUAGUUGUUGAUAAUUUAAGUUAUUUUAUAAGGAUUUCUUUUAUUGGAUUCUCUCGCAUUUGGUGUGCAUUUUCAAUAAUUAACAGAAACUAUGCUUAGCAUAUACCGUCCAUGUUGCCUUUAUAACGGUCAAUUUUUUUCGCUAACAAUUACAUCAAAAAUGUCGUGUGAUGUUACAGUGUUGCUUAAAUAAAAUUAGUCAUAGGAAUUUAUAAAAACUGCUUUGCAGUCUAUUUUAUAUAUAAAUAUAUUAUUCCUAUAUUAAAAAAAAAAAGUCUUAAACCUGAAAAUAGAUAUUUAUUACAUAAAACAAAUUAAAAUUAUUAUCAUAAAGAUAUAUAUUAUGUUACAAGAUAUACAUAUAUGUUUUAGAAAUUUAAAUGUCAUGCUUAGUAAUUGUUGUGCGCAGUUGAAUUUCGUCGCUAAUGUACCUAAAUCCUCUUAUACGGUUAUGUUUUUAUAUGUUACUUUUAUUAUUGUAAAUUAUCGUCAAAAACGUGUUAUUUAAUAAAUGCAUUACCAUCAAAUAUAA